AUGGCGAACAAUAGCAGUGAAAUCUCUUUAUUCUGUCUCUUGAGUGGCAUAGAUUCGGCGAUUAAAGUCACUGUCGCGAAGAACUCACACGUUUCCGACUUGGAAUUACUCUUCUUGCGGCGGGUGUCGAAUACUCUACCAGGUGUUGAUGACCACGCUCUCUCGUUCUGGAUGCUCAAUAAUCCGAUCCCUUUAGAGGAAGAGAGGGAGUUCGUGAACAUCGCCCCGAAGGACAUCGCUCAAAUUGCGGUGGAACUCAAGGGUACUCGGCACAUCUCGACGUACUUCCCGAGUCAACCUGCUAUAGAGUACCUUCACAUUGUUGUGAUCGCACCACAGAACGCUCGGAAGCGAAAGCGUGCUCUCUCUCCCUCGCCCUCUCCUUCCCUUGAAGAUGAGACAGCUCAUCGCCUGAAGAGGCUGGCACUUCUCCCACGAAUGGCAGCUUCAACCCUCGCUGAACCCUCCGUGUUCGAAGCUCAAGACUGGGAAAAUCACUUGUUCGAUUUCAACCGUCCUUCUCAGCCAGGUGGCGUUCCUGUCACUCUCCUUCAUCCCGUAUUCGGCCAAUUUGUGGAUGAUGCAUCGAAUACUACACUCACAUCAGAGGACUAUGAUUUUGCAUGGGUGCUACGUAAAGAAAUGUCCGGGUACUUCCCAUGGGGGAGUGAGCGUGCAGAAGUCUUCCGCGAGUUACUAUGGGACUCCAUCGACAUUCCGCUGGAGGAUACAUCAUCCCGUGGAACUGAUGGUCACUACCACGUUAAAGGAUACUGUGUCGUUGAAACCGAAGCCCAUGGCGAGAUCGGUGGCAGAGGUGUAGAACCUUACUUGCUGAACGGAAUCCGCUAUGCACAUUUCGUGCGGACGCUAGGUGACCAGAUUGGGGGGUCAGUCUUGCCUUGUCUGACCGUAUUUCAUGCUGGCAAGUGUCCCUUCAUUGGCUUUGCCGGUGCGGCGUUCACCGAUGUUGUCCGUCAGGACAUGCUUACGGCUGUUCAUUCCUUCAUAUGGGAGCCGCAUGACGAGCUUUCGGCAACCCAAGUAGCGCGAGUACUUCGUGCUUUCAGAAACGCUGUCGAAUGCUUGAAGCAGUAUUAUACACAAGAACUUCCUACCAUCCAGGAGUUGGACCCCUCUGAAUGGCCAAACACGCGAUAUCCUUACCCUUUCAAGUACCGUCCCAUUUCCGCUAGUGGUGAUGCCGCCUACGUGAAAUUCUCAUACACUGAUGUCAUCGAGAAUAAAUUAAUCUUCAAGGGAAGGUCGGUUGGCAAAGACGAAAUCAUUAUCAAGUUCACGCGCCGAUACUCCAAGGAAGUUCACCUCUGGUGCGCGGAGCAUGGGUAUGCGCCAAAUCUGCGUGGCUUCGAACAGCUCCCCGGAGGAUGGCUCAUGAUCGUGAUGGACGUAGUCGAUGCCUCGUACACCGGCCUUUAUCUCGCACAGGCAAUACUUCGUCAUGGGCAAGCGCAAUGUGUCCGUAACAAAGUGGAGGAGCUCGUCCGUUCGUUGCACACGGCCGGAUAUGUGCACGGAGACUUGCGCGGCACCAAUCUGCUGGUCGCACCGCAGGAGAAUGGCGAUGUAGAUGUUAAGCUGGUCGACUAUGAUUGGGCGGGAAUAGCUGGUGAAGUGCAGUACCCCCCACUCAUCAACCGCGAGAGUGUGCAUCGCGCGGCAGGGGCCGUGUCUGGAAAUGCAAUAGUGAAGGAACAUGACGUAGAUAUGGUCACUUUCAUGUUUCAGGAUCAUCUGCUGCAGGGCUGA